UGUGUCGACUUUAAACAAUAAAGCCAGAUAUGACCUUUGGACACGUGGACUUUUGGACAUUAGCCAGAUUACUGGUGCUUAAAAGGCUCACAGCGACCACAAAGCAAGCUGCUCCUUUUGCCCUCCGAUGAGGCACACGUGCUGGUGUAGGAUGCUUCGACUCCUGGUGUUAGCUGUCUCGGUGCUCUUCGUCUUCCUCUGUGGAGCCAAUGGAGGUAACGUGCUGGUGUACCCAGUAGAUGGCAGCCACUGGGUGAACAUGAAGGUCAUCAUUGAGGAGCUGCACUCCAGAGGCCACAGCAUUACUGUAGUGCGAGCCUCAAACAGCUGGCACAUUAAAGAGGAGUCUCCCCAUUACGCUUCACAUACCAUUGAAAUGGGUCCAUUUCAAAAUGAUGUGGUGGAUGAACUGGCAUCUGAACUUCUGCAGGCACGGAGAAAAGGCAGGUCCUUUUUUAAAGAUAUGGCACGGGGGAAGUGGGUAUCAGAAUGGCUAUCUGGAUUGCAUCGGGACAUCUGUACAAUGGUGGCUGCAAUAUUUGAAGACGAGAGUCUGAUGAAGACACUGCAGGAUGCUAAAUAUGACCUGGUGCUCACUGAUCCUUCUUUUGGAGGUGGGGUGUUCUUAGCACACCGCCUCCACCUGCCGUUAGUGUUAAACGUGAGGUGGACGAUCCAUGGAGAGGCCCACUAUGCCAUCGCUCCCUCCCCUCUCUCCUAUGUCCCCUACCCAGGAGCUGAGCUGACAGACAAGAUGACUUUCUCUCAAAGGCUUGGAAAUUUUUUUGUAUGUAUUUUUAGUCAGUACAUGCUCAGACAGAUGGCUGAUGUCCCAUACACCGCUCUGAGCCAUCGUUUCUUUGGCCCUGAGGUUGACUACUUCUCCUUGUUCCAGGAUGCUGAUAUCUGGCUCAUGAGGAAUGACUUCACCUUUGAGUUUCCACGUCCAACCAUGCCCAAUGUGGUGUAUAUGGGAGGGUUCCAAUGCAAGCCUGCUAGACCACUUCCUGUUGACAUGGAAGAGUUUGUCCAAAGUUCAGGAGAGCAUGGGGUCAUCCUCAUGUCCCUGGGAACUCUGUUUGCAGAGCUCCCUAGUGACAUCUCUGAGGAGAUUGCGGCGGCUUUUGCUCAGCUUCCCCAAAAGGUCAUCUGGAGACAUAAAGGGGCCAAGCCCUCGAGUCUUGGCAACAACACCUUACUGGUGGACUGGAUGCCCCAAAAUGACCUGCUGGGACACCCAAAGACUAAAGUGUUUGUAGCACAUGGGGGCACCAAUGGUGUCCAAGAGGCAAUCUACCAUGGGGUCCCGAUAGUCGGUCUUCCCUUAGUGUUUGAUCAGCCUGAUAAUCUGUCCAGAAUGGAGGCAAGAGGAACCGCUAAGGUAGUGGACAUUGCCACUCUGGACAGAGCAGUGUUUGUGGAGGCGUUAAGGGCAGUGUUGUAUGAGCCGUCCUACAGGGAGAAUAUGCAGAGGCUCUCCAGGAUCCACCAUGACCAGCCCAUGAAGCCUCUGGACCGCGCCAUUUUCUGGAUAGAGUACGUCAUGAGGAAUGGAGGCGCCCCUCACCUGCGCACACAGUCCUUCAGGAUGUCCUGGAUGGCUUAUCAUUCUAUAGACGUCAUACUGACUCUACUGAUGGCUUUGGUCCUCUUACUACUCAUUAUGUUCCUGGCCAUCAAGAAAUGUUAUUCCGUUUUAUUCAAAAAGAAAGUCAAAUGUGAGUAAUGUUUGAUGAAAUAGUGCUGUAACUAUGUAAGAACAUCUAGUAAUUACUAGCAUCAUUGUGCAGGUUGUAUGCAUCCUGUUAGGACAAAAAACUGCUUUUCAGUUAAAUGUAAUGUAAUGGCGCUUUUCUGUAAUCAUAAAAAUCAUAAAAAUGUAAGAGAAUUAUUAUUUGUCACUAUUUCGAAAUGUUACUACUUUACUUUUUAGGAUAUGGUCUUUCCAAAAUGAAUACAGGUGUGACUAGGGCUGAGGUAACAAUUUAGGCCCACAAAUUGUCUCUGUCACUCACUAAUAAAAUCUACAAAAUGGGAACCCUGAUUUCAAAGAUCUGA